AUGAAAGACACGGGGUUCGAAACUGUGACGGAGGACUUGGACAACAUGGCGACCCUCGAGGAGGCCAAGUCCAUCAAUAGCGACGACGCCCUCCUUAUGUCCAUGGGCAAGAAGCCAGAGUUGAAACGAGUGUACAAUUUCUGGACGCUAUGCGCGUAUCAGAUCAUGAUUUCUUGCAGCUGGUCAUGUCUGGUGGUCCUGUACUCGACCAUCUUCGACGUUGGCGGGCCCUUUGCCCUCGUCUGGGGCACUCUCUUCGUCGCAGUGGGUCAGACUCUGUUGAUGAUGUCCUUGGCCGAGUACUGCACCAUCUGGCCCACAGCGGGUGGCCAACAGUACUACGUCCAGGCCGUCGCCACCGGAAAGCUUCGACCCAUCCUAUCAUACCUUGUUGGAUGGGCCGUCAUCGUCGGCGAAAUCAGUACGGGGUCGAGCUGUGCGCUCAACAGCGCUGCGAUCAUUGCAUCCUUCGUCGAGGUCACUCAUCCGGAAUUUGUCUGGCAUCGUUGGAUGACCUGGAUCAUCUACACGGCCUUCCUGAUUGGGCCGAUCGUCAUGAACCUGAAGCAGUCCUGGCUUCCAGGCAUGAACCUCUUUGGCGCCGUCUGGACCAUUGCAGGCGGUAUCGCGUGGGCGGUCGUCUUCGGCAUCAUGGCACCCAAGCACGACGCAAAAUUCAUCUUCACCAAGUUUAUCAACAACUCGGGCUAUACCAGCAGUGGUUGGGUGUUCAUCAUGUCCUUUUACUCGCCCAUGUAUGGCCUCUACGGCACGGACGGCAUGAUGCACCUGGUCGAGGAGAUGAAGCAUGCAUCCAAGGAGGCUCCACGAGUGAUGGUCUGGUCGAUGAUAUUUUGCAGUGUCACCAGCUGGCUCGGCGCGAUCCUUCUGCUCUGGACCGCUGGGGACUGGGAGGAAUACAUGCUCGCCUCGCAACCGUACAUGAACUGGUGGAUGGACGUCUGCAACUCCGUCUACGGCGGCGGCAUCUUCUGCGCGCUCAUCAUGAUCGGCCUGAACUUCUUCAUCAUCGUCGGCACCAACAACGCCGGCUCGCGCCUCGCUUGGAGCAUGGCUCGCGACAAGGCAUUCCCUUACUCAGACUACUUUGCCCACGUGAGCACGAGGUUCCAUAUCCCCUUAAGAGCGAUGAUUGCGAUCCUAGUCGUCGACCUGGUCAUUGGCCUCAUCGUCCUAGGCAGCGACCUCGCCUUCGAAUCGAUCAUCUCUGGCGGCGGCGUGACUCUACAGAUCGGCUACGUGACGCCAAUCAUCGUGGUCCUCAUCCGCGGCCGCUCCAUCCUGCCUCCUCGCCCGUACUUCGACCUCGGCCGCUGGGGAUACCCCAUCAACGUCAUCUCCGUGUGCUGGUCCCUCGUCAUCAUCACCAUGUAUCUCUGCCCACUAUAUGUGCCCGUCACGAUCGCCACGAUUGACUACAUGAACUGGAGCUGUCUGAUCGUCGGGGCCACGAUCCUGUUCCCAGGCAUUUACUGGGUGUGGAGGGCCCGGUUCCGGUAUAUCAAGGAGGGAAACUCCGUGCUGGAGGAUAACGUCGUCUGGAUUGAUGGAGUUGCUGUGAGUGGGCGGGAGGCCUUGAGGGAGGCGGCUAUGCAUUCUGAAGCGAAGGAAGUUAAGUAA